AUGUUGCUAUCACUCUCUCAUGAGUCAAAGAAAGUAACAGCUGCAUGUUGGGUUUGCCCUUUUGGGAGUAAAGUGGUUGUUGGAUACAGCAAUGGAGAGAUUUUCAUCUGGAGUAUUCCAUCAACCUCAAAUUCAAAAACUGAACUAGCAACAAAUACAGAGUUAUUUAGCACUCAAAGUGGUCCUAUUUGUAAGCUGAAUCUUGGAUAUAAAUUGGACAAGAUGCCUAUAGCUACAUUGAAGUGGACUUGUGUUGAUGGGAAAGCAAAUCGAUUAUAUGUCUUGGGUUCAUCUGAUAUUGCAUCUGCAAACUUGGCACAGGUAAUUUUGCUGAAUGAGCACACUGACUCUCGCACCGUUAAGUUGGGGCUUACUCCGCCGGAGCCUUGUGUUGACAUUGAGAUCAUUUCAGGAUUCAAUGAACAGGGAAAAUGUAAACAGGAUACUUUAAUGCUGCUUGGAAAAUCAGGUCAUAUUUAUGCCUAUGAUGAUUGUGCAAUUGAAAAAUACCUGUUACAGAGCCAAUCUAGAUCCCCAUCAUCACUCCCAAGGGAGAUCAGAGUGAAGCUUCCUUUUGCGGAUUCAAGCAUCACUGUAGCGAAAUUCAUAACAGACACUUCCUAUUUAUCAGGUUCUGUUGAUGAGGACAAUGUUUUGCUGGCAAAAAAUAUCCCACCACUUUUUCAAUUUUCUACGAGGAAAAAAGACGGAUCUCACUCAAACACAAAUCAAUUUAGUGGGUAUUCAAAGAUCAAGAACUUGUAUGUAACAGGACACAAUAAUGGAGCAAUAAACUUUUGGGACGUAUCAUGCCCACUCUUGCUGCCACUUGCAUCGCUAACUCAGCAGAGUGAGGAUGAUUUUUCUUUAAGUGGUAUAUCCGUGACAGCAUUGUAUUUUGAUAGUGAAUCACGACUCAUUUCCGGAGAUCAAAGUGGAAUGGUUCGCAUUUGUAAACUUAAACCCAAUCCAUUCACCACAGAAAGCAAUAUUUUGUCCUUAAAAGGUAGUUCGAGGAAAGGAAGCAAUCACAUCAUUAAUAGCAUGAAGCUUGCGAAAGUUAAUGGAGCUGUACUUUCUAUAAAUAUUUGCCACAAUGCAAAACAUCUUGCUGUUGGGUCUGAUCAAGGAUAUGUUUCAGUAAUCGAUAUGGAGGGACUCACUCUAGUAUAUCAAAAGCAUAUAUCUAGUGAACUGUGUACAGGCAUCAUCUCUAUGCAUUUUGAAACCUGCAGCUUCCAUGGUUUUGAGAAGAAUGUUUUACUGGUGGCGACCAAGGAUUCAUCAGUUUUGGCACUUGAGACUGAUACAGGAAACACACUAAGUUCUAGCAUGGUCUGCCCUAAGAAACCCUCUAGAGCAUUAUUCUUGCAGAUUCUUGAUGGACAGGAUACAUCCGGUAGUGGAUCUAAUGUGUCAGACAGCCUGGACUUGAUCAAGGGUAACUGUGUUGACGCUGCCAUUCCAAAGCAAUCAUUGCUACUACUAUGUUCUGAAAAAGCUGCUUAUGUCUAUUCCUUGCCACAUGUAGUUCAGGGUGUUAAGAAGGUGUACUAUAAAAAGAAGUUUAACUCUUCUUCUUGUUGCUGGGCAUCGACAUUCUACACUCCUGAUGUUGGUCUUAUACUCCUCUUCUCGACUGGAAAAAUACAGAUAAGAUCCUUGCCAGAAUUGUCCCUUUUGAAAGAAACUUCAAUAAGAGGCCUCUCAUUAUUGAGUUCAAAACCGAACUCAAAUCCUGAUAGUUCAAUAUGCUCUUCCCUGAAUGGAGAAAUUAUUAUGGUGAAUGGCGAUCAGGAAGUCUUUUUUGUCUCAGUUUUGCUCGAAAAGGGGAUAUAUAGGCAUCUGGACUCGGUUUGUCAAGUUUAUAUGAAAGAUUUGAUGGUUUCACUAGGGCUUAACCAGGAACCUAUCAUCCAUAAAGAAAAGAAAAAGGGUCUAUUUAGCUCGGUUAUCAAAGAUUUAAAAGGAUCUAAAGCAAAGUAUGAUCCUGAUACCGAAGCUGAAGAUGCAAGAGAAAGCAUUGAAGAACUGUCUACAAUCUUUUCAGUCGCUAACUUCCCAUUGUAUGUGGAAAGAAGGGAGAACCUUUCCACAGAUGAAGAUAAUGUUGAACUGGAUAUAGAUGAUAUUGACAUCGAAGAUCCUGGAGAGAAUCAAAAAGGAAAGACUAUGAUGGCAGCUUUAAACAAGCAGAAACUCACAAGUACAUUUCAGGCAUUUAAAGGUAAAUUGAAACAGAUGAAGGUCAAAAAUGAGAAGUCUCCCGUGAAGGAAGAGCCAGUGGAUGAGAAGGCUGGUGCAGUCGAUCAGAUCAAGAAAAAAUAUGGGCACACUUUGUCUGGUGAAUCAAGCAUUGCCAAAAUGACACAAAGCAAGCUGAAUGAGAAUUUGAAGAAGCUAAAGGGCAUCAGCUUGAGAACUACAGAGAUGCAAGACACUGCUCAAUCAUUCUCCUCUCUGGCUAAAGAGGUCUUGCAAUCUGUUGAGCAUGAUAAACGAGACCCGUGAUCCCCAAUGAAUGUACACAAAACAUCAAUGUAUGAACGUGGCCAUUUGAUCAUUCAUUUCUUUAUGCGUUUGUUUUGUCUUGUUCUUUUGUAUGUAUAUUUUCGGCCAUGAAAAAUGGCAAGCCAAAUAUAUAUGGCACUGACUCUGCAGAACAGUUUUGCCAAGGAUGGGAAAGGAACAGUUAUUGAUUUUUUGUUAUGAACUGACGGGUAGAACUUGUCAUUGAAAAUUGGCUUGCAAGGAAAGGGUGCCCAAGAGUUCAUA